CCCCUGCCGCCGAGCCGGCAACAUGAACUGAAAUCCCUAGAGAGGAACAGAGGCGGCGAGCGAGCGGAGCGGAGCGGAGGCAAGCGGGGCUUUAGCGGGGAUUUUGGCUCCUUCGGGUAGAGGAACGGCCCCAUCUGAGGGCAGAACGCUCCCGAAGCUGCGCACAGCCUCGCCCCUCACCCGAAGAGCGGCGGCCUCCCGAGCCCCGCGCCGCCGAGCCCCCAUGGCCCUCAUUAUGGAGCCCGUCAGUAAGUGGUCGCCGAGCCAGGUCGUCGACUGGAUGAAAGGUCUUGAUGAUUGCUUGCAGCAAUAUAUUAAGAAUUUUGAGAGAGAGAAGAUUAGUGGCGACCAGCUGCUACGUAUUACUCAUCAAGAACUGGAAGAUCUUGGAGUCACACGAAUUGGCCAUCAGGAACUUAUCUUGGAAGCAGUAGACUUGCUCUGUGCACUGAACUAUGGUUUGGAAACAGAAAAUCUGAAAACUCUUUCACACAAACUGAAUGCAUCUGCCAAAAAUCUGCAGAACUUCAUCACUGGGAGGAGGAGAAGUGGUCACUAUGAUGGAAGGACCAGCCGCAAAUUACCAAACGAUUUUCUGACAUCAGUAGUGGAUCUCAUUGGAGCUGCUAAAAGUCUCCUGGCUUGGUUGGACAGAUCACCUUUUGCUGCUGUGACAGAUUAUUCUGUAACAAGAAAUAACGUAAUACAACUCUGUCUGGAGCUGACAACAAUUGUACAACAGGAUUGCACAGUAUAUGAAACAGAGAAUAAAAUUCUUCAUGUGUGUAAAACUCUCUCUGGUGUCUGUGACCACAUCAUCUCACUCUCUUCUGAUCCCCUGGUUUCCCAGUCGGCCCACCUUGAAGUGAUCCAGCUUACAAACAUCAAGCCAAGUGAAGGGCUGGGUAUGUACAUUAAGUCAACAUAUGAUGGUCUCCAUGUAAUUACUGGAACAACAGAAAAUUCACCUGCAGAUCGGUGCAAGAAAAUCCAUGCUGGAGAUGAAGUGAUUCAAGUUAACCACCAAACUGUGGUGGGGUGGCAGUUGAAAAAUUUGGUGAAUGCACUACGAGAGGAUCCGAGUGGUGUUAUCUUAACUUUGAAAAAGCGACCUCAGAGCAUGCUUACCUCAGCACCAGCUUUACUGAAAAAUAUGAGAUGGAAGCCCCUUGCUCUGCAGCCUCUUAUUCCCAGAAGUCCUACAAGCAGUGUUGCUACACCAUCCAGCACUAUCAGCACACCUACAAAAAGAGACAGCUCUGCACUCCAGGAUCUUUAUAUACCACCUCCUCCAACAGAACCUUACGUUCCCAGGGAUGAAAAAGGAAAUCUCCCAUGUGAUGAUGUUGGCAGACAUACAGUGGGCAAACCAGUUCAUACAGGAUCCGAAUCUCCAAACUCAUUUCUUGACCAGGAGUAUCGAAAGCGUUUUAAUGUGGUUGAGGAAGAUGCAGUGUUAUACUGCUAUGAGUAUGACAAGGGAAGAACAAGUGGUCCUGGAAGGAGAGAGAGCACACCAACAUACGGGAAACUAAGGCCUAUUUCUAUGCCAGUAGAAUAUAACUGGGUCGGGGAUUAUGAAGAUCCCAGUAAAAUCAAACGAGAUAGUAGGAGAGAAAAUUCAUUGCUACGCUAUAUGAGCAAUGAGAAAAUAGGCCAAGAAGACUACAUGUUUCAAAGGAAUAGCAAAAAGGAUACCGGAAAAAAGUCAAAAAAGAAAGGAGACAAGGGUAAUAGUCCUAGUCAUUACUCGUUGUUACCUAGUUUACAAAUGGAUUCAUUGAGACAAGAUGUCAUUGGCACACCUGGACCAGAGACCACUUUGUACCAUACAUUUCAGCAAUCUUCUCUACAGCAGAAAAGUAAAAAGAAAAACAAAGCUCCUAUUCCUGGUAAAAGCAAAAGAAGGAUCUCCUGUAAAGAUCUUGGCCGAGGAGACUGCGAAGGCUGGCUUUGGAAAAAGAAAGAUGCUAAGAGUUAUUUCUCCCAGAAAUGGAAAAAAUAUUGGUUUGUCCUGAAAGACACAUCUCUCUACUGGUAUAUCAAUGAAGAGGAUGAAAAAGCGGAAGGAUUUAUCAGUCUACCUGAAUUUAAAAUUGACAGAGCCAGUGAAUGCCGAAAGAAAUACGCAUUCAAAGCCUGCCAUCCUAAGAUCAAAAGUUUUUAUUUUGCUGCUGAACAUCUAGAUGAUAUGAACAGAUGGCUAAACAGAAUUAACAUGCUUGCUGCUGGCUAUGCAGAAAGGGAGAGAAUCAAGCAAGAGCAAGAUUACUGGAGUGAGAGUGAUAAGGAGGAGGCUGACACUCCAUCGACACCCAAACAAGACAGCCCACCACCCCCAUAUGAUACAUACCCACGGCCUCCUUCGAUGAGUUGCACCAGUCCCUACGUGGAGCCAAAGCACAGCCGCCUCUCCUCUACAGAGACCUCCCAGUCUCAGUCAUCACACGAGGAGUUCCGCCCAGAGGCGGCGGGGAGUGUCACCGACUCGCCGGUGCGCAAGACAGCGAGCCAGCGGCGCUCCUGGCAGGACCUCAUCGAGACGCCACUGACCAGCUCAGGACUUCACUACUUGCAGACGCUGCCGCUGGAGGACUCGGUGUUCUCUGAGACAGCCGUGGUGUCCCCUGAGCACCGGCGGCAGUCCACCUUGCCCACCCAGAAGUGCCACCUGCAAGACCACUACGGCCCCUUCCCACUUGUGGAAGGGGAGCGGAUGCAAGUGCUGAACGGGAAUGGAGGCAAGCCCCGGAGCUUCACGCUGCCACGAGACAGUGGCUUCAACCACUGCUGCCAGAGCCUUUCGGUGGGAGCCACUGAUCACCACGAGGAAGUGCAGCAAAAGGAGGUGGAAGAGGAAGAGGAGGAGGAGGAGGAGGAGGAGGAAGUCAAAGCAGCAGAAGAAAACCAGGAAGAUAAAAUUGAAACUACGGAAGAAAUAGCAGCAGAUUCCUUGCAAGAUUUGUAUAGAGCUCUGGAGCAGGCCAGCCUUUCUCCUUUAGGAGACCACCGGAUUUCCACUAAGCUGGAGUAUAGGAAAUCUUUUAUAAAGAGAUGUAGCGAUCCAGUAGUCAAUGAAAAACUGCACCAGCUGCGAAUUCUGAAAAGCACUUUAAAGGCCAGGGAAGGAGAAGUAGCCAUUAUAGAUAAGGUUCUGGAUAAUCCAGGCUUGACGUCUAGAGACUUUCAAGAAUGGAAACAAAUAUACCUUGACAUCUUUUUGGACAUCUGUCACAACAGCACCCCGAGGGGCUCUGUUAAUGGCUCAUCUGAGGUCGACGCACUUCUAGCUUCCUUAGCACACACGCACUCCUACAUUGAAACACAUGUAUAAGGGGUCCUCUUCUACUCCAUUUGCUACACUUCAAGCCUUUACAUAAGUGCAUAAAUUAGGUUUUAUAUCAAUAUGUGGAACUUCUAGUAAACUAUCUUUUAAUGUCACUCAGCCGUGUGAUGUACACCUUCAGUGGUCAAUGAUACCAUGUCUUUAAUGAGGAUUUGUGUGUUUUAUACACUACCAGUGCUACCAACUUGUGUUUACUUUCUGUAAAAAUAAUAUGAUCUUUAACUAUUAGAUAGAAGUAUUUAAAAAUGUUUUUGGAAGACUGUGGCCUUCACAGAGGAAGUUCCACAGGCUAAAGGUUUUGUUAUUGAAGGUUGCUUUUAUAAUGAUAUUUUUUAUUACAUAAUUCCAGUAUUAUAUUGCAUUUUUGGAGUGCAGGUACUAUUUUGGUGGCAGGGGAAUAAAAGAAAAAUUAUAUUUAAUGAGAAACUCUAGGAGUUUUCUUACAUAACAGGGAAAAAGUGUAAUGCAGUGACUGUGUUUCCAAUUUUGUUGAACACAAAAGGGCUAAAAUCAGCCCACUAUAAUGACUAAUGUGAAUUUAAGUAUUAAACACUUAGGUUUUAUUUCCUUGUACUUUUUUAAAGCCUGUUGCUAAGGUUUACCAUCAGUGCAAAGAGAUACUGGUCUGUAUUCUAAUUAAGACAAAAUUAUGUGUUACUUGUCUCUACUUAAAUCACAUUUGGUUGAUUCAAUUUUUUAAACAAAAAUUAGUCGUGGUACUGUCAUUUAUGCUGCUUUUGUACCGAAGGGAUCAGAUUUUGCAAAAGAGAAAGAGUAGACUUUGAACAUCCUUGAUAACUGCAUUUCUAUUGCCAAGAAAAGCAGCAGCAGAAAAGGUUCCCAACAAAAUGCUCCCAACCUGAGAGGCUUUGAAAAUUCCCACAAUAGAAAAGGAGUGAAAUUUGGCCAUAUUGUACUCGGGAAAAAAAUAUGAUAGGAACAGAGCUGAGCACAGAACCUGAGAAAACUGAGAGCUCGGAAAGUCUCUGCUCUGCCUCUGAAUGGCUCUGGUUUCUGCUGAGUUCACAAGCCAACAGAAGGGUUUUAAACUUCCCUGAGAGCUGAGUUGUGCUGCAGAGUGCACAGUGAAUAUAAGCAGAAAUAUCUCCUUAGAUUUAGGCACCUGUCUGGAAUAGGGAAGAGAGAGGUAAAAUAUCUAUUUACUCUUUAUGGUCUUGUUCUCAAAAAGUGAUCAGAGCAUGACAAAGCAUUUGUGCUGCUUUUCAGUGUUUUGCUGCAUAAGUUAGGAUUCGAGACAUAGCUUAGUAAUGCUCAUGCAAGAGGGCACAGCCUCUUUUAUUCUUUCUAUAGUGAGUUGUACGUUUAGCCAACCUUUGCUUAUUGCCUGUACAGCUCAGUGAAUGUACUUCAAACUUCAUGAGCUCUGGUAUUUCCUGGCAGUUGUAUUCAUGAUGAGAUGAAGGAAAGAACAGAUUUAUUUAUUUGUUCUCUCUCUUUCUUUCUUUCUUUCUUUUUAGUUUAUUUGCAUUUAUUCCUUUAUUUUUCUCUCUUUCUUCCUUGUUACCCUAUUGCAUUCAGAUUGCAAAUGUUUUGCAGAUUUUGCACAAUUGUACAGAAGAGUGGCCUUUCCGUAGCCCAUUUUCAGUAAUCCUAUAUAUUCGAGUCAAUAUGGAUCAUAUAUUAACAGCAUUUGUAUAGAAUUCUGGAUCCAGUGUAAUAUUUGUACCAUUUAGAAGAAUAUUGUUUGUAUAAACUGAACAUUUAUUUACUGCAUGUACUGACUUGUAUAUUAAAUUUGUGAGGUUUUUGUACAUUUCUCUUAAAAAAUGCUUGACUUGAAAUGGUUUGUGCUAUUGUUCCAAGCAUUUAGAUUCUCUUGCUACUGUUUUACCGGACCAAAAGUAAAUAUAUUCAUAUAAAACCUCUUUAUAUCUGAUGGAUGUAUAUGCACAUUGUGUAGUUGAUUCCUUGUCAAAACCAAGGCAGUUCAGAAGAUUUAGAUCUGUUGCUAUGCAACAGCUAUUCUGCCUGCACUUUACAUUAGUAAAGUCAGCUUGAUUGCUUUAAAGGUGAAAAUUAAACAUUGCAGUUUUUUAAGCUAGUCUAGUGACAAAGAACAUGUGUCCUAUCCAUUGUGCUGCCUUCUUUUAAGACUAUUAAAUGUUCUUCUAUAUAUAUUUUUAUUGUAUUAACUCUCAACCUAGGAAAGGAACACUGUAAAAUGAAGUACAAUAAAUUUAGCUUUUAAAUGAACAUCUCUGAUUUGAGUUUGAGUUUACUGUGUACAAAAACAGUGGCAUCUGACCACUUUACCCGCAUUUCGCAGAUCAGCAUGCCUUCAAGUUCUUUGGCAAUUGGGCAGUGUCUGCAAACUCACGGCCAAAAAGAAGUAGAACCAUUGCUGGUUGGUUUGUAGGCUGUCGGCAGACUCAGAAUGAAGUCUGCUGGAAGCAUUCCGUUGCAUUCCUUCCCUCUGCACUCUUUGGUGAAAGUAAACCUGUUUGCUGGGUUCUCUCGUGCUCAGUAAUGAACAAUUUUAUCAUUAUGAUCAGGUAUGAUAAAACGAUGUAUGCUGUUGAGGUAAGUAUCAGGGCAUUAGGUGCAGCAACUCCUGAAACACAUAUCAUAGGGUCUUGCAGUACCUACAUCAAUUCAGCUCUGGCCAUCUAAACUAACACAAGGCUUGGAUAUAUGAGAAGUGUACUGUACCAGUAGUGUUUCUUCAGAAUAAUACAAAAUAAUCAUCUGAAAGGCAUGCUACAACAAAGGCUGCUCAGAGAGAAAUGGCUUCUAUGAAACAAGCACUGUUUUAGCACAUGGACACAAUUGAGGCUACAUUUUAAAAAAUCCAUGCUUUCUGUCCAGUAAUUUCAUGCUGUUUAGCUAAAGCACUCCUGCCUAGUAUGUAGCAUAUUAAAAUAAUACCUUUCCUUGGCACUACUUGUUAUUAGUUCUUACAGCCGUCAAUUUUCUCAUCUUUAUACAUCUCACUUUCACUUUGCUUAGCCAUACCAUAGCAAUUCAAUAGCACUUACCAACUGGGAAAAUUACCUCUGAUUAAGAAAACAGAAAAGAUGGAUUACAUUUUUUAACCUCAGAAAAAAUCUGACUUACAACAACUCUUAAUUGCUAUCUAGGUAUUACUCUUCAAAAAAAGUCAAGGAUUAUGAUUCUAGCUCCUCUCCUCCACAUGUGCUACUUGCUACAUCUUUCCCCAGUGAGAUUGGCUUUCAGAUCUACAAAUUGCUGCACCUUUUCCCAGGUUGCAGCCAGUCUUCCUUGCCUGUUUCCACUCAGUGUCUUGCUUAUCACCGCAGACCCUCAACUCUUUUACAUCCAGUGCCAUCACAAUUUUCUUCUUCUCCAGAGUUGCCCCACUGGCUCAUCUCCCAGGGC